AUAACUAAUGGCUCGGUAACGAUCAGAUAUAACUAAUUUUUAAUCUUAUUACUAUCGCAGGAAGUUACAUUAUCAAAUAGAAGAUAACACUGAAUGGUUUGGUUGUUUUGCACCAAUUGGCGGGAGAGCCAGUUUUAUUUCAAUCCCAGACCGUUGCGGACGCUGUCCUAAGAGCACAGUGCCGGCCUGAGGAUGGUGCAAGUGAGAGUGAACGAGGGUCUGCUGGAGGGAGAGCGAGUGGACAACCACUACGGUGGCUCCUUCUACAGCUUCAAGGGAAUACCAUAUGCGCAGCCACCUGUCGGGGAUCUGCGGUUCAAGGCACCACUACCUCCAAAACCAUGGGAUGGAGUUCGUACUGCCAAACAAUUCGGGCCAAAAUCUUACCAGAACGACAUAUUUAUGAAUGUCGGGAGAGUUGGUGAAGAAGAUUGCUUGUACCUAAACGUGUACACCCCCUGUAUUAAACCGGACAAGCCUCUACCAGUUAUGUUCUACAUACAUGGUGGUGGUUUCUUCAGUGGCAGUGGCAACGAUGACCUUUACGGUCCAGAGUUCCUUGUCAGGCACGAUGUCAUCCUUGUUACUAUCAACUACAGAGUAGAUGUGCUCGGUUUUCUUUGUUUGGACACAGAGGAUAUUCCUGGUAACGCAGGAAUGAAAGAUCAGGUACAAGCUCUUAGAUGGGUGAACAAAAAUAUUGCUAGCUUCGGUGGCGACCCCAAAAAUAUUACCAUAUUUGGUGAAAGUGCUGGCGGAGCUAGCGUAAGCUACCAUUUAAUAUCACCGAUGUCUAAAGGGUUGUUUAAAAGGGCCAUUGCUCAGAGUGGGGCGUCUACUUCGCCCUGGGCCCAAGCUGUUGAGCCUCGCGAAAGAGCUUUAGCAUUGGCUAGAAGCCUUGGAUUUUAUUCUGAGAACGAUAAAGAAUUAUAUGAAUUUUUCAAAAAUCAGCCGAUGGAAUUAAUAGUUGGCUUUCCUGUAUCGGUAGCAACGUUUGAAGCAUUCAAGGGUGGAAUAGAUAUCAAUUUCACUGUUGUUAACGAAAAGAAAUUCGGGGAAAACGAGAGAUUCUUUUACGGAGACAUGCUUGAUGCAGUGUCAAACGGUGUUCACGAAGGAGUAGAAAUAAUGACGGGUACUACCACAGAGGAAGGCCUCAUUGCUAUGGGAGACCUUAAAGAUACCAGGAAGGCUUUGGAACUGGCAAGAACAUACCCAGAAACCUUUAUUAAUAAAUACGAAGCAUAUAAUUUGCCUUUGAAGCAACAGCUUAAAAUUGGGAAAGAAAUCAGAAAAUUCUACUUCAAUGAUCAGGUGAAUAUACCAGAUGACUGGGACAAAUUGAUGAAUUUCCUUUCGAUGCAGAUGUUCGUAUACUCUACAAUGCAGUGGGUAAAGUAUUGCGUUCAAGCGAAGAAGCACAAGCUAUAUUUAUAUAAAUUUUCUUGUAAAUCAGAGAGGAACGUCAUGUCUUUUUUGAGAGAACAGACAGAAAUGUUGGGAAGCAGACGAGUUACUUGUCAUGCUGAUGAACUGACGUAUCUAUUCAACCCUAAAAUGAUGCCAAAAAUGGACACAGCUUCAACAACAUUUAAAAUGGUGGAAAGAAUUUUGACGCUUUGGACAAACUUCGCUAAAUAUGGAAACCCAACGCCAGACGAUUCUCUGGGAGUUAAGUGGGCACCGUACACCCUGGAAAACCAAGAAUAUCUGGACAUUGGAAACGAGCUGAAAGCGGGCACCGCGCCUGAUGCUGAGGAAACACAAUUCUGGGAUAAAUUGUAUGAAAAAUAUGGACUGUGAUUAAAGCCACGAUGGGACCUUUUUAAAUGCAAUGUAUUAAUAUAACUGUUGAUUUUAUAUUUAGGUGAAGAGUUUAUUGUUAUUAUGUUUUAAAUCAACGACCACACAGUUUUAAUCAUUGUAUUUAUGGGAAUGGUCAUUUUAUAGACUUUGGGGGUCACAUUAUAAAA